AUAAAAAUCAGCCAGGCAGAAAUAGCCAGUCGCAAAUAUAGACCAACAUGUGUUCUUCUGCUGAACCUUUCUCUCAGGAUAUUAAUCAUUACAGUGGCUGCUGAGUGAAUUUGAGAAGAUUCCUAUAGCUCUGCUGCUUGCUGUUGCUAUGAGGAGACGACUCAGAAAUGACUGAUGUGGAGCCUGUUGUCACAGAUUUUGUCUCAUCGGGCCGGACGGGCCGCAGAAAUGCCUUACCUGAUAUCCUGGGCUCUCCAACAGGAGGCAGUUCAGUGGAUUUACCACAGAAACUGUCAGCGCUAUCCCUGAACAUAGAUGAAGGAGAAGGAAAAACAUCUCCAUCGGAAGCACCACCCAAAUCCCCAGAACGUGAAGAUAAGAGUGAUGCAUUGUAACGGGUCGCCAAACUACAAUGUGUGUGUAUCAUUUUCAUGAGGCAUUAAGGAGCAACAAUUUAAACAAAAGUUUAAAACCAGAGGUUGCAACUUCAAGUUGAAGCAACCUUGAUAUUUAACUCUGUUGUGUCAGCAAGGAGAAAUUUGAUUGAAUACUUAAAUAAAAAUUGAGCAACCCAUUUUAUUUACAUUGCUUCUAAUUUCCAUAUCUCUUUUGGCUCAUGCCACUUUCUGUGAUGCUGACACGAUCCAUUCAAAGUAUAUAUAUAGCUAACCCUGGAUCUGAGAGAUGAGACUAGAAUGUGUGAUUUGCAAUGUAAUUUUUUAAAAGUCUUGAAAGAUUUAUUUUCUGAUCAUAAUUUUAGCAAUAGUUCCCAGAAAGUGGUAUUAAUAGCUGGUAAUCCUAAUUUAAUGCCACUUGCAACUUAUUGUCCUAAUAAUGUUGUACUGUCUCUGGUAUUCUUAAAUUUCAGCCUGUGUUUCACUGGAUAUUGAUUUAAAACUGCUGUUAGUUUGUAUGACAAUUGUAAAAGAAAACUUUUAGAUGUGAUUUUUUUAAAAAUAUACAGUUUCCUUUUGAAAUUAA